AGCGGGCCCCGACAGCCCCUUCCCCACCAGCUGAAGAUGGCCGAGAAGCUGGCGCCCCCGCGGGAGCUGUUCCUGCGCAAGGGGCGCGAGUCCGUCUCCUCCCUCGACGUGGACCGGCUGGCCCCGGGUGAGGCGGCCGGCGAGGAGUCCUCGGACAGCGAUGGCGAGCAGGAGGGCAGCUCCCACAAGCUCAUCCGCAAAGUGUCCACCUCCGGCCAGAUGAGGAGCAAGAAGAGUGUGAAGGAGGGACUCCUUUUGAAGCAAACCAGCUCCUUCCAGAGGUGGAAGAGGAGAUACUUCAAACUACGAGGACGGACGCUCUACUAUGCCAAGGAUUCCAAGUCUCUGAUCUUUGACGAAGUGGACUUGUCAGAUGCCAGCGUCGCAGAGACGAGCACCAAGAACAUCAACAACAGCUUCACGGUGAUCACGCCAUUCCGAAAACUCAUCCUGUGUGCAGAGAACCGGAAGGAGAUGGAAGACUGGAUCGGUGCCCUCAAGUCCGUUCAGAAGUGGGAGAUGAAUGAGGCCUCCCAGUUCAACAUGGAGCACUUCUCUGGCAUGCACAACUGGUAUGCUUGCUCCCAUGCCCGGCCCACCUUUUGCAACGUCUGCCGGGAAGCGCUCCCUGGAGUCACGUCCCAUGGCCUCUCCUGCGAAGUGUGCAAGUUCAAGGCCCACAAGCGCUGUGCUGUGAGAGCCGCCACCACCUGCAAGUGGACCACGCUGGCGUCCGUCGGGAAUGACGCCAUCGAGGACGAGGACGGGGUGGCCAUGCCCCACCAGUGGCUGGAGGGCAACCUGCCCGUCAGCGCCCGCUGUGCCGUGUGCGACAAGACGUGUGGGAGCGUGCGCAGGCUGCAGGACUGGCGCUGCCUCUGGUGCAAGGCCAUCGUUCACAGCACCUGCAGGGAGCAGCUGGGCAAGAAGUGCCCCCUGGGGCAGUACAAGGUCUCCAUCAUCCCCCCCACCGCCCUCAACAGUAUUGACUCGGACGGGUUCUGGAAGGCCACCUGCCCCUCCUCCUGCUCCAGCCCCCUCCUGGCCUUUGUGAACUCCAAGAGCGGGGACAACCAGGGCGUGAAGUUCCUGCGCAAGUUCAAGCAGUUCCUCAACCCGGCGCAAGUCUUUGACCUGAUGAAUGGGGGGCCGCACCUGGGGUUGCGUCUCUUCCAGAAGUUCUCCACCUUCCGGAUCCUGGUGUGCGGGGGUGACGGCAGCGUGGGCUGGGUGCUGUCCGAAAUCGACGCCCUGGGGCUGCACAAGCAGUGCCAGCUGGGGGUGCUGCCGCUGGGGACCGGCAACGACCUGGCCCGGGUGCUCGGCUGGGGCAGCCUCUGCGAUGACGACACGCAGCUGCUGCAGGUCCUGGAGAAGCUGGAGCGAGCCACCACCAAGAUGCUGGACAGGUGGAGUGUUCUGACCUACGAGGCCCCCAAGCGGUCGCCCCCCGCCAUAAAAGAGGAGGAGAGUGAGGACUCCAGCAUCCAGGCUCACAUUUCCCACUACGCUGACUCGGUGGCCUUCCAUUUGGCCAAGAUCCUGGAGUCAGACAAACACUCAGUGGUGAUCUCCUCAGCAAAGUUCCUGUGUGGGACGGUGAAUGACUUUGUGGCCGACGUCGGCAAGGCGUAUGAGCGGACGGCUGACAACAAGCAGGAAGCCGACACGAUGGCCCGGAAGUGUGCCACGCUGAGCGAGAAGCUGGACUCGCUGGUCCGGGAGCUGAGCGACGAGUCCCAGGCCAUCGUGGUCCCGGAAGGCACCUCGCCGGUGUCGCUGCCCAGCCCCGAAGCAAUGCAGGGCGGCAAGGAGGGCCCGCUCCGCCCCAGCCCCAUGCCGCGCAUCUUCAAGUCCCGGGAGCAGCUCAUGCUGAGGGCCAACAGCCUGAAGAAGGCGCUGCGGCAGAUCAUCGAGCAGGCCGAGAAAGCUGUGGAUGAGCAGAACAAGCAGACGCAAGCCUGCCGGAGCCUCUCCCUGGCCAACAAGAAGGACAGUGGUGAGGACUUUCACAAGGAGGCGGAAACCCUGAAGUCACGCCGAGACACGGUCAUCUCCACCACGUCCUCCAUCAUCCUGGACCGGCCCGAGAGCUUCGGCACCGUCCACUUCGCGGAGGACCCUGGCGCCAUACAAUUCUCUGAAAGAUGCGUCAUGAAUAAUUACUUCGGCAUUGGCCUGGAUGCAAAGAUUUCUCUGGAAUUCAACAACAAGAGGGAUGAACAUCCCAAAAAAUGCAGCAGCCGCACCAAGAACAUGAUGUGGUACGGCGUCCUGGGAACCAAGGAGCUGCUGCAGCGGACCUACAAGAACCUGGAGCAGCGGGUCCAGCUGGAGUGCGACGGGGUGCCCAUCUCCCUGCCCAGCCUGCAGGGCAUCGCGGUGCUCAACAUUCCCAGCUACGCAGGGGGCAUUAACUUCUGGGGAGGCACCAAGGAAGACAACAAUUUUGGGGCUCCCUCUUUUGAUGACAAGAAGCUGGAGGUGGUGGCUGUCUUUGGCAGCAUCCAGAUGGCCGUGUCGCGGGUCAUCAACCUGCAGCACCACCGCAUUGCCCAGUGCCGCAUGGUGAAGAUCACGAUCCGAGGCGACGAGGGAGUCCCGGUGCAGGUGGAUGGGGAGGCCUGGAUCCAGCCACCAGGCAUGAUCAAGAUCCAGCACAAGAACCGGGCCCAGAUGCUGACCAGAGACCGGGCCUUCGAGAGCACCCUGAAGUCGUGGGAGGACAAGCAGAAGGGGGAGGGCUACCGGGCCGCCCCCCGCCCCCGCCUUAGCUCCCAGCAGUCGAUGGAGUACUUGACGGAGGAGGAGUACGGGCAGAUGCAGCAGCUGGCCCAGGCAACCGAGGCCCUCACCAGCAGGAUCCGCGAGGCGGCCGAGUCGCGCCGGGCCGUCGAGCAGGAGCUGGCCCACGCAGUGAACAGCAGCUCCCUGGCGCUGAGCGAGGCCCUGCCCGGCAAGAGCAGCAGCCCCGAGUACCUGAGCAGGAGUGCAGCCGUGGAGGUGGCCGCGAGCGUGAAGGCCCUCUGCACCGAGACCCAGGCGCUUCUGGAAGGCAAGCUGCAGCUGGACUCGCCACAGCAAGAGGAGGACCUCCAGCUCGCCCUGAGCGCAGUCAGCCAGGAGCUGCAGAAGCUCUCUGACAUCCACUGGAUGGCACCAGUCAUCCACUCCGCCGAGGAGGGCAUCAGACAGGACGCCUCUGGGAGCAGCCACAAGGGCAGCCUGAAGCUGCGGAUCAACCUUGCCAAGCCCAAGAAGGAGAAGGAGAAGGAGAAGGAGAAGGAGAAGGAGAAGGAGAAGGUGCAGAAGCAGAAGUCCGGCAGCAUCCCAGUGGCCAGCUGGGGCCCUGAGGAAGUGGCGGCCUGGCUGGAGGCGCUUGAUUUAGGGGAGUACAAAGAGAUUUUUGAGCGCCACGACAUCCAGGGCGCCGAGCUGAUCCUGCUGGAGAGGAGAGACCUGAAGGACCUUGGGAUCUCAAAAGUGGGGCAUCUGAAGAGGAUUCUCCAGGCCAUUAAGGAAAGCACCAGCCAGCUCUAG